AUGGUGUCGGUUUGGGUACUGGUGCUGUCACUGUUGUCGCUUCCGGUGCGCGUAUUGGUGAACAGAAGCUUGUGUCGGCGUCAAUUGGGUGAUGUGCCGAACAAUUUGCAAAAUGCGGAUGCUGUUGUCGUCUUACACCCGGUUGCUCACGAUCGUUGGAGCCUGUUUCGGAGCAAGGAGCAGUCCUCACAGACGCUCUAUAUCGUCCAGCCUGGAGCCGCUUUCAUUGCUGUGAACUUGAAGGACAUCAAUUUGCUCUGGGGUGACAAGAUUAUAGUGCGCGACCCAAACAAUGACUCGUCCAUCACUAUAACCACAACAAAUGCGAGUCUCCUGGCUGAAAAUCUAGAGUCGAACAAGUUGCCACAGACACUGCUACUGCGAACGCAUCCGCUCUUGAUCGAAGGGAAUGCUGUGGUGGUCGAGUACGUUCCGAGUAUUCCUAUGCUUAUCCUUCCAAUGGUUGAAAGUCAGCGUGACGUACCCGUCAUAGUCCUGGACUCAUAUGCCUACGUCAUGUACAACCGCAAGGCUGGUCGUGCCAUUGUGGACGUUGAUGCAGAGAGCACAGUCGGAGUCACUGACGAAUCGGAAGAGGCCGUAUGCUAUCGAAAAACAGAGCCCAAAAUGUAUGAGAAAGCCCGGGCAGUAGCGCGGCUGAUGAUUCGAAGUGAGUAUGGCCAAGCUUCAGAUGCUUCAGAGCAAGUGUCGAGCUGGAUGUUUUGUACGGGUUGGCUCGUCGGCGAAGGCAAUUACUUGCUCACGAAUCAUCACUGUAUGGAAGGAGCGGCGGUUGUCAAUCGAGAUCGUAGUCGUGCCCGGUCUCGCGGGAAAAGGAUAGCUGACAGUGAUGAGUCCCUGUCCGAUGCUGCUACUCGAUUAUGGCGCAAUGUGACUUCAAGAACGGACAAGACCAAGCGUGUCAUGGAGACAAUUGUGGGAUUCAUGGCCGAGACUAGAUGUUGUCAUGAUCCAGGGUUCAAAGGAGAAAAAGUUGGCGUCGUAGAGGCCACGCGGGUUUUGGUAGUUGCCGAAAACCCAGAGCUGGACUACGCUCUGGUGCGUGUUCUAACCAACGAUUCAUCAACGGACUUAUCGCAGCGAUACGGAUACUUACGUCUACGUUCAACGGGUCCAGUGGAUGGUGAAGACAUUUACAUCCCACAACAUCCGCAUGGAGAGCCGAAGGAGAUUGCGGCAGUGAAAGAUGGACAGCCCGCGGAGAUCGAGGUGGUGCCAACUAGCUCGGUGGACUACCCUGCGUAUUACCGCCAGAGCAGUGAAUCGAACGACGUCCAGCCAACAGUUUGGUAUAAUGCGGACACGAAACCUGGUUCGUCCGGGUCACCCGUAUUGAGUCGCGAAGAUGACACUGUUGUAGCACUUCAUCGCGCCGGAGGCAUCGAUGCAGCGCAGACACGGCCUACCGAGAUUCUCAACUCAGGUGUACGCACCGACUUGAUUGCACGAGAUCUCAAACGACGCCGCGUUUUGCCUAAAAAUGCUUUGGCUCCGUGA